AUAAAAAAAUCCUCCAACUCCCAUUCCCAACCAUCGCCCGAGGAUAUGUACCUACCACAUGCCCUCCAAAAGUUGUUGAUAAUAGCCCUUGCGGACCAUGAAUGAUCGACAAGAUCGAUCCUGCAAGUUGUGCAAAGAACGUCACUUAAAGUGCUCGGCGGAGUCUCCCUGCGUGAACUGCAAAAGGGUCGGGGCCAAGUGCUCCCGGGCCAAGCUGGUCCAAUUCAGACCAUGUAAAUCACUGAGGUUUCCCAAGAACCAAAAAUGGGUGAGCAUGCCAGGUCAAGUGUCAUUCGCAUCCGAAAUCGAUUUUGGGAAAUAUUACGAUAUUUCGGCUUUGCCGGCGCUGGUUGAGGAUCAACUUCAGCCACUAACCGAAAUUUCUACCACUGUCGUCACUGCAGAGAGCAGCUCAUUUUCAAAUGCGCCUGAAUCAGAACAUUGCCAUCCGUCGGACUACUCCCCAGUUACCCCAGAUGAUGCAGCAAUGCCGGGAAGUGACUCUGGGUAUAGGCGCUCCCAAAGUCUGGCGAGUCCUUGUACGCCUGUUCGGCAAUAUUGCUCAACCACGUGUAACCUCGAAGACGGGCUGAGCUUCUCGGCAGUCCGUGAAGAAAGAUUCACCCAUUCUCCGUCGGCUCACCAGAACACAUUGUCAACUAGCUUAUUCCCCCUGAAUGCUACCGAUACAAGGCUGGUUGGAUAUUUUUUCCAAACAUUAGCUCGCUGGUACGACAUCUUAGACUUGCAUAGAUGGUUCACACUUGGGGUAUCCCGUUUGCUCCCACAUUCUGAACCGCUUCUAUACGCCAUACUGUCCGUGUCGUCACGACAUUUGAGCAUCCUCAAAGAAUACGAUCCCAUAGCUUCCGAUGAGUAUCACCAAAAGUGUCUCGAGCUUAUUAUACCAUGCCUUUCUGAGAAAAAUGUUGUGCUUGACGACGGCAUUCUCGCAGCCACUGUUAUUCUUCGAUUGCGGUCUGAGUUUGAAGCGCUUUUAACAGGUACAGAUAAUCACUGUCAUGUGCUAGGCACUGAAGGGCUGCUACACCGGUAUGAGGGAAAUGGUCCCCUCUCUAAUUUUCAAAAGGCCGUAGCCUGGGUUGGAUUACGGCAGGCGAUUGUUAUUGCAUUUAUGGGUCAACAUAGCGUAAGAUUCCCACUGCAUCAUUUCUUGGAAGAUUGGGACGAGUUCCCCGGGGAAAAUGCAGAAUGGGGAAAUUUCAUGGUCUACCACUUAGCCGAUGUCUUAAACCAUUGCUGUGGACAGAAGGCAUUCAGUCUCAACGACUACGACCGGCUCGAGGCUCGGGGAGAGAGAUGGCUGCGCCAGAGACCCUCUUUCUUUUUGCCAAUACGCUACGAAGGAACCGGGCCUAGUAGACGAUUUCCUAUAUCGGAGUAUCUAUGCGAUGUUCCUGCUUCAGCGAUACAACACUACAACUUGGCCAGAAUUCUCUUGUCACACUAUCACCCAGCGAAGCGCCGGCUAGGCCCUGGUUCUCAAGUUCUCAAUGCAGGCUCAGAUGUAAUACUCGAAAAUACAAUAAGAGAUCUCUGUGGCGUUGGUCUCUCAAAUUCGGACUGCGUUUGCGCCAUUGCACUUGCUUCCAUGGGUAUCGAGAUGUGUCGCGAUCGCUUUAGUGAUCCUGAAGACCAGGAAACAUUUACGGAUAUCCUGGCCCUCGCACGGCGGAAACAUGCAUGGCAAGUGCGGCCAAUGUAAAGAGUUGUUGUUUUGGUGUAUGAAUUGAGGGUGGGAUUAACCCUUUUGGGAGCGAAUGUUUAGAUGAGCAGACGAGUUAAUCAACGCGUUGUCAUGGGAUGUAACACAAAAGUUCAUCGGUUAAGAUGGCAGUAACGUAUAGUUUUACUUACCCUUAUAUGUCUAGGAAGUGGAAAGUAAAAGAAAGUUCC